GGCGGGGCUCGUGCCAUUAAAAAAUGAUGCGGACCCUACAACACAGUGAAGGACUGUACAUGUACAGCACCAAAAAGUGCUGUACAAACAGCUUCUUCCUUCCUCGUAAGCAAGUACUUCAGCAUUUUUCUUUUCCGUAUAUUAUAUUCUUCAGCGCCCACUCUAAAUCCAAAUCUCCGCUUUACACUUGUCCAAAUUCGUCCUUGUGUCAAAGUUUUGAUCAAACAAGACCAACCUGAAAAUUUAUCCGCCGCGUAUUUACUGACAGAAUCCUCAACUGAAACUUCUUAAAUUUGUGGUUAGUUACCAGUCACCUCCGCCAUGGACGCCGGCGACCACCACGAAACACCUUCUCUAGACCUGAAGAAUCUGAAUGUAAUAUCCGUCCUGGGGCGUGGGGCGAAAGGUGUGGUUUUCUUGGUUCAAACAGAGAAUGGAGAAUUGCUUGCUUUAAAAGCAAUACUAAAAUCUUCAACUCAGAAUAACAGAAGAAUUUGCUUCGAAAGAGAAAUAUUGGACUCUUUAAAUUAUCCCCUUUUGCCUAAACUUCAUGGGGUUUUACAAACAGAAAAAAUUGUUGGAUAUGCUAUUGAUUACUGUCCCGGCCUUGAUCUUCAUUCUUUAAGGAAAAAACAAACUGAAAAAACCUUCUCCGACGAUAUUAUCAGAUUUUAUGCUGCAGAAUUGGUGUUGGCAUUGGAAUAUCUUCAUGGAUUGGGCAUUGUUUACAGAGAUUUGAAGCCAGAAAAUGUGAUGAUUCAAGAAAAUGGCCACUUAAUGUUAGUAGAUUUCGAUUUAUCAACAAAACUUUCUCCAAAAUCUCCAGAAGAUCAUUCUUCCACAAAAUCUAUGCCCAAAAUGGAGCCGAGGAAGAAAAAGAAAAUUCCACAUUUCUUCAAGUGCUGUGAAUCGGGGAUUUUGCCGGAGGACUCAGUCAAUCAGGUCGAACUUGGCGGUGACUCAAUGAAUUACGAGUCCGACUCGGUUCAGAAAUCCAACUCUUUCGUCGGGACGGAGGACUAUAUCGCGCCGGAGAUCAUAUUAGGCAACGGCCAUGAUUUUUCCGUCGACUGGUGGUGCUUAGGUAUCAUGCUGUACGAAAUGUUAUACGGCACGACGCCGUUUAAAGGCAUUGAUCGGAAAGACACUUUUCAUCGGAUUUUGUCGAAUAUGCCCAAUUUGACGGGAGAGUUGACGCCGUUGAGAGACCUAAUAGCGAAAUUGCUCGAGAAGGAACCGUUGAAGAGAAUUUCACUUAGGAAAAUCAAGGGCCACGAUUUUUUUAAGGCCGUUGAUUGGGACUUGAUCUUGGAUAUGGCAAGAACGCCGUUUAUUCCUGAACGGAAAGAUGCUGAGGACUUAAAAGGAAAUAAGAUAACGGAUGUGGAGCCUUAUGUGCAAGGAGUGUUUGAAGUAGCUGAGGAUGAGAAAAUGGAGAAUAAUAGGAAUUGGGUUGAAGAAUUGAAUCUUCCCAAUCAAGUUCAGAAUGACAAUUUUUUUAUUUUUUAAUUAAUCAAUAAGACAUGUUGAAAAUAAUCCUUUUUAGGAUUCCAUUUUAGUAUUAAAAGAUGUUUUCGUUCAAAUUUCAAAGUUGUAUAAAAUGAGAUAUAUGUAGGGAAGAUAAGAAGUCGAGUCGAGUUAACUCAUGUUACAAGCUUGCAUGUGCUCAUUUAGGGGGUUAGUCGAGCACGAACCAGCUCGUUUCAUAA